CUAGACGUGCGACAAAGGCAUGCUCAACUGGGUAUAGGGUUUGGACGCAUGAUCACAGCUGCCCUCAUGGGUAGGAACUGAUCAACACUGAGGCGCCCUUCGGUCCACGGUUGGUGGAAAGGACCCAAAUGUAGUACUGAUAUGUACGGACCGCUUACCUUGGGACGAACUGCCUCGCGCACAGCCUGGCCCUUCCUUUUUCUUUAUCCCAUAUGCUCGCUGACUAUAACCACAUAUAUUAUAUGCGGUGAUUCCAUCCGGGUCGGACCCCACCUCCGGUUGAAAGGCUAUGCUACUCUUUUCUUCUGGAUUGGUGAUCUGACUGGAUUGUAGGGCUCACACCCUUGUGAAUUCCUGUAUAUAUCUAGACGUGGUAUACAAAGACAUCUGGACAUCCCAAACCCAAAACAGACACCAUGACAGUGCUACCACACCAACGAUAUGCCAUCGGAUUCACAGAGCGUGUCUGCUCCGUCGUCUCUCUGCUCGGAACGGCCGUCAUCGUCAUCUCUUUCCUCUCGUCGCCCUCCUUCCGCAAGCCCAUCAACAGGCUGGUCUUCUUCGCCUCCUGGGGCAACAUGAUGACCAACAUCGCGACGAUUAUCUCGGCAACAGGGAUGCAAGCAGGGUUCAACACCCCUCUGUGUCAUUUCCAAGGCUUCCUGAUUCAAUGGUUCAUGCCGGCCGAUGCGCUGUGGACGUUCGCCAUGGCCUGCAACGUCUACCUCACAUUUUUCCACAAGUACAACUCAGAACGACUGCGCCAGCUCGAGUGGAAAUAUCUGCUCUUCUGCUACGGCCUCCCGUUCAUCCCGGCUUUCACGUAUCUCUUCAUCGUGAGCGAAAGCCGAGGGGCUAUAUACGGCUCAGCCACCCUCUGGUGUUGGGUCUCAGACUCCUGGGACUUCCUCCGCAUCGCAACCUUCUACGGCCCCGUCUGGUUCGUGGUGUUCCUGACAUUCGUCAUAUACGCGCGCGCCGGCAGCGUCAUCUACAAGCAGCGACGACAGCUAGAAGAGAUCGGCGGGCACGACUCCGGCCUUGACGUUGAGAGGCCCCUCCGACGAGGUCUGACCAGGACGACCGAGAUCCGCAUCACUAGCGAGCCAACACACAGGGACACCGAAGCAGGUCGGACCGUGGCUGCCGUCGUGUCCAGUCGUGUCCAGUCGCUGUACGACCCUUACUCGGUCUCGAUUGAGGGGGGUGGCAUCGCCAGGCCGGAGUGCUGCGUUGUCGCUUCGAAGCAGGUUGACCAGGGUGACCUCGAGCAGUGUGUUACUGCUACCACUAUUGCUUCUCCUCUUUCUCCUUCUCCUCCGCCUCUCCCGCCUACUACUCCUUCUCUUCAACGCCGCCGUGUGCGCUCAGACGCUAGCUCUGCGGCGUGGGUGUACACCAAGUACGCCAUUCUUUUCUUCUGCGCGAUGCUAAUUACAUGGGUACCAUCGACGAUCAACCGAGCGUACGGGAUUUUCAACCCCGGGGAUUUCAACUUUGCGUUGAAUUACGUGUCUAGCUUUGUGUUGCCAUUACAGGGGUUCUGGAAUAGUAUCAUCUAUGUGUCGAUAUCGUGGCCGGCUUUUAAAGAAGCGUUUGCGCGUUUGAAAAAGGACCGGUUGGCGGGGCCGAGACAGCGCAGCGAUAUGAGUGUUAGGGAGAGGGCUGGGGGGAGGUUUCAUGCUCAGCCUUUCGGGGUGGAUGAGAGGGAGUUGUUGUCGGAUUAGUUGAUUCUUUCUAGUCCUUUAUAUAGGGUUAAUCGGGAAUACAAUAUAUAUAUACUUCAAU